AUGAGCGCGCCCCCCCGCCAGCCCGCGCUGCCUUGGCCCUGGCUGUUGUUGCUGCUGCCGCUGCUGCUCCCGGCCCCACAGUCCCGCGCCCGCGGCGACCCUGUGCCGCCCGCACAGCCGCCGCCGCCCAGCCCCGAGCCCGAGGCGGAGCCCGGCCCCGACCCACCGUGGUGCCCGUACAAGGUGCUGAGCGAGGGCCAGGAGGCCGGCAGCGGGCGCCUGUGCUUCCGCAGCCCGGAGCCCGAUUUCCGCUGCCAGCAGCGCCUGUGCAAGGCGUACCGCUCGGCGGGGCGCACGCUGGUGGCCAACGUGCUCCGCAACAGCAGCGUCCUGCUGCAGUGGCGCCCGCCGCCCGCCGCGCCGGCCCGAGAGCUGCGCGGCUUCGCGCUCAAUUGCUCCUGGGACGGCAGCUACACCCGCUUCCAGUGCGACCGCGUGCAGCUCGGCGCCUCCUGCCGCGACUACCUGGUCCCCGACGUGCACGACAGCGUGCGCUACCGCCUGUGCCUGCAGCCGCUGCUGCGCCGGCCUCGGCGGGAGCCCCCGCGGCCCGGUGCUCCGCCCGCCCCCACGCCGCCGCCACCGCCGCCACCGCCUGCUGAAUGCGUGGAGUUUGCGGCCGAGCCGGCCGGCAUGAGAGACAUAGUCAUCGCCAUGACGGCCGUCGGGGGCUCCAUCUGCGUCAUGCUCGUGAUCAUCUGCCUGUUGGUGGCCUACAUCACCGAGAACCUCAUGCACCCCGCCUUCGGCCGCCCCAGGGGCCGCAGGCAGCCCUGA